AUUAGCCGUCCUUAAAUUUUAUUUUUUGACAAGAAACAGAAAAUUUGCGUGUUUUGUUCAUACUAAAUUUUAUGUUUUAUUUCUUUAUACUUAAAAGAAGAUGGCUACUAAAACAAUUGCUAGUGCAACAGUAAGGGCUGUUAAAAAAAGGGUGCUCCCCUCACGAGCUGCUUUAGUUUUGACUCCAACAGCCGUUCAAAAAGUAAAAGAGAUUAUGUCUAAGGAAGAAGCUAAAGGUUUCAUAGGACUGAAAGUUGGGGUCAGACAAAGAGGUUGCAACGGAUUGUCCUACACAUUAGAUUAUGCAACAACUAAAGGCAAAUUGGAUGAAGAAGUAAAACAGGAUGGUGUAACAAUUAUAAUAGACAAGAAAGCACAGUUAACAUUAUUAGGUACUGAAAUGGAUUUUGUAGAAGAUAAGCUUUCAGCUGAAUUUGUGUUUAACAAUCCAAACAUAAAAGGCACAUGUGGAUGUGGGGAAUCAUUUAGUAUAUAGAAUAAAUCUUAAACCUGUAUUGCCUAGUCUCCCAUUAUUAACAAAUCUUAGAUCUUUUGAUUGUAGAAAGAAAAAAAAUUAUAAAUUAUAAACUAUGAGAUAAAUGUCCCAUUUACUUUCUAAAAGUUUAAAA